AAAAAGCUCAGAUGUAAAUAAAAAAAAAAAAAAAAAAACAAAAGCCUCUUUCAUUCUUAUCUCCAACUUUUUUUAAUUCUUUUCUAUUAUUAAAUAAUUAUAAACAUUAUGGUACGAUUCAAAUGUCGAUGGAUUCUAUUUGAACUCGUUCAAGAUCCUUUAUUACAACAUGACAAACCAGUGGAACAAAAUAUACCUUUACAAUUAGCAGAUAAUAUGAUUCAAAAAGCUUUACGAGUGGCAAUCACUUCUACUUUUGGAGAAUAUGGUGGAGGUCUUUUACGAGCAGCACAUGUGAAAUGGUACAAUCCAGAAACGGGGACAGGGAUCAUACGCGCACCACGAGAACAUGCUUCUAUGCUUUUAGCUGCAUUGUUUUUUAUCAAACAAUUAGAAUCUAUACCAUGUCAUUUUAGAACUUUACAAGUAUCAGGUACUCUUAUUUUUAUUCAAAAGGCUGCUAUAGAUAGAGAUCGAUCACUUUAUUUAAAGGAACAGAUGCGUAUGGAACAAUUAGGGAAAACAUAUAGUGUAGUAGAUAGGAUUGAAAAAUGUACAAUAAAAGUGAAUAGUAUUACAUUAUAGUA